AUGGACAAGAAGUAUAUGAAUUGUACGAGAUGCGAACUUUGCGGAACAGCUGACGUCAUCUAUGGAUCGCCAUUCAUGGAGUACUCGAUCCUCUUCCGCUUACUGACCGCUCCCUUGGCAACAAUGGGAAUGGGUUUACUGUCAGCAACAAUUGUCAAAACAAAAGGCAUUCAUAUCAACACAAAAGUCAUUCUACUUGUUUUGUGUAUCUCCACAAUUGUUUGUAAUACGGGUAUAACAGUCGAUUGUUUAUACAAAUUCUUCAUAUCCAAUGUUAUGCCAAAUUAUAUGCAAUGUGAUUUUCAAGUUUUCAGCCCACAAUAUGGAUUAGUUAUUCGACAUAUCGAGAUUCUUGGUACCACGUAUUUGUCCACUUCUGCAAUUGCCCUGGCUAUUGAACGAACUGUGGCUACAAUUUUCUAUCGCAAUUACUCUUCAAAGCCUACACUUGGAUCAAUUCUUGUUGUUGUUCAGAUCUUGAUCAGCUUCAUCCCAUUAUGGAAUAUCAGACUGCCAAAGCAAAUGUAUCCAUAUUCUCCACCAGAGCUCCAUGACUACAAACUCUACCAUUUUAUCUCUAUGUGGCAAACCCUUGUUAACGUUCUUGCGUUCUUCAUUUUCAUGAUUCUCUGGAUAAUCAACUACUAUCGAAAGAAGAUCAUCGGGAACAGUCAUCUUCAAGUCGUCCUGGCUAGGUACAACUUGCAUGAAAACAUGUCAACGACUCGUCUAAUGGCGCCGAUCAUCGUUGUCAUCGCUAUGAUAGUGUUCGCGGCUGAAUUGAGUCUUCUCCUUGUAACACCACAAUAUGAUAGGAAUACUGUAGUGACACAUCAAGUUUUAGACGAAGUUAUCGAAUACUCAUUUUACCCAGAACUACAGUUGACACUCAUCCCAAUCUUGUUCAUCGCCUUGAUUUUGAUAUUGGUCAUCGUCUCCAAGAAAAUUCGAGAAAACUUCCUUCUCGUGUCCAAUCUAUCCAUCUGUUUUCCAGUCAAAGUUCACAACACGGAUUCAAGAUCUUCAAGCGAGUCAUCAAGCUCUGAAGGCUCAUCGGAGAGAAUUCACUGGAAUAGAAAAAUUGACGGCCUCUCGAUAACCCCACAAACACCUGAUUUCUGA